AUGGCCGGCAAUGGCUUCGAGUGCCCCCACGGGACGUGCGACCCGCGCCAGAUCACGCAGCAGAAGGGUUCACCCUGCCCCAAGUGCGGCACCUCUCGCGACUUUCCCGUCUCGGAGCACCCGACCGUCCCGCCGGGCCCGGACAUGUGGUACCCGCUGCCCGGAGGCGGCAAGUACUACCUCGACGAGCAGAAGCGCAAACAUUGA